AAGGCACGGGCCAGUUGGGUGGGGCUGGGGCCUCAUGCGUGGAGGAGUGGAGCUGGGGAGGACUACACCCUGCUCCCCUGGGCCCAGAUGCCGGAAGCCUGACACCCCACACUCGAAGAACUUGCUCAGGAACUGGUGGCUGUGCCACUGUGUACAGAGCCUAGGAGAUCCAGAGGCCUAGAGCGUGAGGUCCGCCUCAACUGGGCAGCAUGUCCGGCUGGCUGGUGUUCAUGCUUAGAGGAAUGUUGGAAGACCUCAUGCAAAAGCAAUGCUUUUCAGAAGAGUGGACAAAACGGAUGAAUUGAAAGUGGAUGAAACAGAUGAAUUUUCAAAAGACCAUUCACGAGCCUCCCUUUUGGUUGCAUUUCACAAUAUCCAAGGCACCAUUAUAGAGAAUGUGCUCUCUGUGCUUAUGGAGUUGAUUAGUGGCCUGUCAGAAGCCAAUGGUGACUUCAGUGUGGAAGUAAUAUCCAAUAUUAAAGUUGCUGUCAUGACUUUUCUCAAAAAUACUGGCGUCAGGACAUCUGUUAAUGCUUGUGUCGGACACAACAGAGUUCAGCAAUUUGAGAUUUUCCCAAGACUUCUGGAACUGACAAGAACCAUUAGGGUUGAAAAUCUGCCACCUCAAAUUAAUAAUAGUUAAUAGCAAUGGAGGAGAAGGAGUAACCAACAUGCAGCUUUUCCCAGAGGAGAGUUCAGCCCUGGUUGAGUUUUCUGACUACAAAGUGGUGGACACCUGCUUGGGCUAAGAGCCUGUCUUCAGUGAAAGGCCCAUCUCUGUUUCCCCUAUGAUGUGACUUUGGUCGUAGCCUUGUAUGAAAAAGAGAAGCCACUGAGAAAGUUGCCAGCACCAUUUCUGGUGGCUCUGGAUCCUCUCAUAUGAAGAUCUUGAAGAAGAAGCAUCACCUGAUUGAAACGAUAAAUUAUAAAGGGACAGUGUCCCUGUGAGGUAACAUGGCCCCAAGUCAGCUGUUAAGGAGUUAGAGGUAUCACUCAGAUCUGUGGCCAUUGAACUCAAGGAAGAACAAAGAUCAAUAUAAUCAAGACCUGGAAUGAGGGUAUAUAUGAAAACGUCUGCCAUCUCAUUUCUAAAUAUCAAGUCACCAGAUUGAAUGUGAAGUCAAUGCUAUGGGAAGACAUAAAAAACAGCAGAGAAUGAUGGGAUUUGGAUUGAGUGUGAUACAUUCAAGGAGAAGAUCAUGAUAACAGGUUGUUUGGACGAGGUGAAAAGAAUUCACAACAAUUAAAGACAUCAGCCAUUAACACUGAGAAGGAAAAAACAAAAUUUGACAGGGAAUGUGGCUGGUUCUUUUUCUGGUUUUCAUAUCAGUGCUUUGAAAGAAUCUGUACCAAAGGAAUUCUUGGGGUGGGAGUUCAUUAAUCAUGCUUGCACCAAACAUACCAGAGUCCAUGCAGGAGAAUACAAAGAAUAAAAUUCCUGAGCGAGCGAAAAGGACUGCUCAAGAAGUGCAUUCCCAGUUCUGCUGGGGUUUUCUGUUUUUUAUAGAAAGUAGAGUGUGGAAAAUUCUCUAACAUUGUUUUGUUUUAAGCAAAGAAAACUCAUAACCUUUUUGAGUUAGAUCAGGCAUGAAAAGUACAUUUCAUUUCAUGGGUUACUUAGCACUGAGAGACAGUUGUUGUCUGGGGCUCUGUGUUGACUAAGACUCUGAAACUAUCUGGAUGAUUGAAAAACAGUGUUGAUACCAAUUAACAUCUGUCACACGUGUGGAUGAUGAGGUAUAGGGGGAUAGGGAGAUGAUGUGCACCAUGUUUUUACCAUAGGUAAGUGUGAAAAUACAGUCAGAUAGAUCAGCUCCUCUUCAUAGUUUCUCUGAAGAGCAGAUUAAAGGAUUGUGCCUUCAUCAGCUACUAGAUUGACUUUGAGUAAAUGGUUUCAUCUCUGUACACUGGAUUUUCUCUUUCCUCCAGGAGAAUGAAGUUUCUGUACUGGAUGAUCUGUGAUGAUCCUUUAAAUUCUAAAACUGGCUGUCUAGGGGCGCCUGGGUGGCUCAGUGGGUUAAUGUCUCUGCCUUCGGCUCAGAUCAUGAUCCCGGGGUCCUGGAAUCAAGCCCUGCAGUGGGCUCUCCGUUAAGCAGGGAGCCUGCUUCCUCCUCUCUCUCUCUCUCUGCCUGCCUCUCUGCCUACUUGUGAUCUGUCAAAUAAAUAAAUAAAAUCUUUAAAAAAAAAAAAAAUAAAACUGGCUGUCUAGUAGUCAAAACUAUAAAUGCAUUAUGCAUAGAACUGAGGGGUGUGUCUUAGUUUGGGUCCCCCCCCCCCCCAAGAGAACCUGAAACAGGAUUCAAGUGCAAAUGAUCUAAAUAGGGAAGUAAAAGAUACUGAUAGGGUGUGUUACCAAAUCAGUUACCACUUGAUCUCACUGGGAAAACUCAGAGUGAGUCUUACCUGGGAGGCAAGGUUGCUCCCUGGUUUUAAACGAACUGUCAAUCAUUGGAUGAGGGCUUGAGCCAGUGGGAGGGUGGCUUAAUUUACCUGCAAUUUCUCUCUGUUGAGCCUGCAAGGAAAGCAGGCUUUGGCACUACAGAAAGUCUUCAGAGAAGAAAUAACAAUGGGAGGGGUGCCUGGGUGGAUCGUUGGUUGAGCGUCAGACUCUUGAUUUCAGCUCAGGUCAUGAUCUCAGGGUCAUGGGAUUAAACCCCAAAUUGGGCUUAGCACUGAACCCGGAGCCUGCUUAAAAUUUUCUUUCUUCUCCUGCUUCUUCUCUCUCUAUUUCUAAAAAAAAAAAAAAAAAAAAAAAAAGGAAAGAAAUAAGGACAGCUGGAAAUAUGACCAGAGUGCCCUUAAAUUGUAAGAGCCAGGGGGCAUGAGCAGGGUCUGCUAAGCUAGAAUUGGGGAAUAAGUAAAAGAGCUCACAGGCAACUGGAGUAUUAAAUACAGUUGAUACUAAAAAAAAUUGUGGUAACAAAUUAUUUGCUUUUGAAUCUUAAGGUUGGACUAUGAGUUGAGUUAGGUGUGGAAUCCAAUAGCUAUUUUCUGUUUGGAAACCUAAGAGGAAAGUCUACAGAUAGCAUUGCCUGGUCAUUAUUUUUACUGUUUUCUCCACAGUCAAAAGACCAAGUCAGCGGGAAAAACUGUCUUCCAGACGGAAAUGUGAUAGCCUCAGCCCAAACCACAGAAGGUCUAAACCUCGUAUUAAUGGCUUGAAAUGUUACUAAUUUCCAGGCCCAUGUAAUUGUCAACACUGUUUCCCAGACACUUCAACUUGGAAAUGGACCACUAUCCCGGGCUAUUUUGCAGAAAGCUGGUCCAAAGCUCCAGGAAGAGUUGUAUGCUGUCAAGCAGGGAGCAGUGGAGAAAAUAGGUAGCAUAUUCAUAACAAGUGGCUGUAAUCUGAACUGCCAAGCUGUCUUCCAUGUCGUGGCACCAACUUGGGAUAAUGCAGCAGGGCGCUCUCAGCAGAUCAUGGCAAAUAUAAUCAAGAAAUGUUUGGCAACUGUAGAAGAGUUAUCUUUUUCAUCCAUCGUAUUUCCCAUGAUUGGAACAGGAAAUUUGAGAUUUCCUAAAGCUAUUUUUGCUAACCUAAUCCUUUCGGAAUUGUUCGAAUUUAGUAGCAGAAGCUGGCGGAAAGCCUUACAAAAAGUUUACUUGCUGGUACAUCUAGGUGAUGAUGAAAUCCAACAGGCAUUUUUAGAUGAAUUCACCAAAGGGUUAUAUGGAAAUCCCAACAAGGACAGGAUUCUCACAACUGAAGGGGCCUUCAGCCCUAUCUCCAGCCCUGGAAUCAUUUCAUAUGGAAUGAAAAUUGGUGCAAUUACUUUCCAGAUUGCUACUGGAGAUAUUAGCAAAGAAAAGGCAGAUGUGAUUGUAAACUCAACGACAAGAACAUUUAAUCUGAAAUCAGGGGUGUCAAAAGCAAUUUUAGAAGGUGCCGGACCAGCUGUGGAAAAUGAAUGUGUUGUACUAGCUGCACAGCCUCACAGAGAUUUUAUAGUUACACAAGGUGGAAACUUGAUGUGCAAGAUAAUAAUCCAUGUUCUUGGGGAAAAUGAUGUCAGGAAAACGGUCUCCACUGUUCUAGAAGAGUGUGAGCAGAGGAAGUACACUUCUGUUUCCCUUCCGGCCAUCGGAACAGGAAAUGCUGGAAAAAACCCAGCCACAGUUGCUGAUGAUAUGAUCAGUGCUGUUAUAGACUUCGCACGGAAACAUCCCAUCCCAUCAUUACGGAGAGUUAAAGUUGUCAUCUUUCUAUUGGAAUUGAUACAUGUAUUCUAUGACAACAUGAAAAAGAGAGAGAAGUCCAUGUCACCUGUCCUUCAGCCCACGCGCUUCGAGACUGCAUGUAAUCUUCCUGAACACUGGGCUGACAUGAAUCAGCAGCUAUCCUGUGUGAUUGAGCUACUCCCCGGACAGUCAGAAUAUGACACCAUAAAGGACAAGUUCUCUGAAACUUGUCCUGCCUACGAAAUAGAGAAGAUUGAAAGGAUACAGAAUGUAUGCAUCUGGCAGAGCUACCAGAUAAAGAAAAACCACAUGGACAUGAAGAAUGGCCAUACAGAUAAUGAGAGAAUCCUGUUCCAUGGGACAGAUGCAGACUCAGUGCCAUAUGUCAAUGAGCAUGGCUUUAAUCGCAGUUAUGCUGGGAAGAAUGGAGCAGCUUAUGGACAAGGAACCUAUUUUGCUGUUAAUGCCAAAUAUUCUGCUAAUGAUAAAUACUCCACACCAGACAGCAAUGGGAGAAAGCAUGUUUAUGUUGUACGAGUGCUUACAGGAGUCUACACAUGCGGACAUGCAAGAUUAGUUACCCCUCCGUCAAAGAAUCCUCACAAUCCCACAGAUCUCUUUGACUCUGUCACAGAUGAUACACAACAUCCAAGUCUAUUUGUGGUAUUCUCUGAUAAUCAAGCUUACCCAGAAUAUCUCAUAACUUUUAGGUGUUAAAAAAUGGGUUUUUUUUUAACCUCUAAGAGAUUGUUUAGUUGUCUAUUUAUAAGAACAAAUUUAUAGAAUUUUUGUCUUUGCCUUUGGCUUGUUUAUGUAGAUAAAAAUGUCUCUGUUAGGUGCUAAAAUGCUGAAAACAGCCUUUCAAGAAUGCUCUAUUGCAAUUUGUAGCAUACCUCUUUUCUGAGCAUACUGAUGGGUGGAAGCUAAGAAAUGUGGGUGACAUAAUUAUAGCUACAACUAUUUACAGACACCAAAUGUGUCAAAGAACAAAGAGCACAUUACUUUUGUCUAGUAGAGAAGAAAUAAGACGAAUCUCUUUAAAGCCAAGAUGUCAUUGCUCUAAUAGAGCAUGUUAAGACAUUAAACUGUGCUGGGCUCAACUGUACUGUUAAAUGAAUAGGCUGCUAAUGUGUAUCUGUAAGCGCUAAGAAUUUUGCCCCCCUGAAGAAGUACUUAGUAGCUAUAGUUCAGCUAGAAUGACUGAAUCAAAUCUGUUAUGGAGUAAAUCAGGUAAAAAUGUGUUGUACCACUAUCUGAUGCUACAUGACAACUUACUACAAAAUUUAAGGGCUUAGUGGAUAAGGAAUUCAGGUGUGGCUUAGCUGGGUCAUUCUGACUUAGGGUUUCUCCUAAAGGUGAAUAAAGAUGUCAGCAGGGGAUGCAGUGUUCUGCAGUGGCUUGAUUAGAGCUGGAAGAUCUGCUUCCAAGAUAAAUCACUCAGAUAGCUAUAGAGUUUUUGCUGGUUGACAGAAGUCCUCAGUUUUUCUUCCCAUAGUCAUCUCCAGGCUGCUUACAUUGCUCAUGAUGUGGUAUUCCACAGCCAGUAAUUCAGGAGAGAGACAGGCUGAAGCCAUGAUGUCUUUUAUGACCUAGCUUCUGAGUCAUACUCCACCUUUUCCACAGCAUCCUGUUGGUUCCACAGAUCAGCUCUUUCAGUGUAACCAGGAAUUACACAGGACCUGGACACCAGUGGACAGAGAUUGUCGGGGACCAUCUUAGAAGCUGUAUAGAUGAGUGAAGGACUGAUACAUUGAUUAAAUGUUAGCAGUGAAAAGGACUCUAGAGGUCAUCUAAGCUCACUGUCCUCUCAAUUUUCUCCUCACCCAUCCAUACUCCCAGGGCAAAAAGCCCUCAAGUCUCUGCUUGACCACUUCUUCAUCUUAAGAAUAACUUAUUCCAUCCCAAGACAACUGUAACUAUUAGAAAACUCUUGUUUACACAUGAGUUGAAAUCUCUUCUUCUGUGUCUAUUGCCUGCUGGUCGCUGUCUCACCUUCUGGAGGGCACUGAGCAUUUAUCAUUCUUUUUACAGAUGGUGGCCCUUCAGAUUCAUCUCUUCCCUCUAUUAUACUAGAGUUAGGUAAAUUCUUGAAAUACUUAGCAGCUUAUCCUGAAGCGUUACUUAUCAGGAAUUGAAGACAUUUAAGAAGUGUUUACAUCAUCAUAAAUAAGCAGAUGCACAUUAAAAGGAGUACAGGGAAGUUUAAAGAAAAUAACUCCCUUCACCAUACUGUAUCACUCAUAAUUGCAACAUUCAGAGGAACAUUUCAGAGGAAACCACUGCCAACAUUCUUUUUUUUAAAUAUUUUAUUUAUUUGUUUGACAGACAGAUCACAAGUAGGCAGAGAGAGAGAGAGAGAGAGAGGGAAGCAGGCUCCCUGCUGAGCAGAGAGCCUGAUGCGGGGCUCAACCCUGGGACCCUGGGAUCAUGACCUGAGCUGAAGGCAGAGGCUUUAACCUACUGGGCCACCCAGGUGUCCCCCACUGGCAAAAUUCUUAUGUUCUCUUCUCCCUUCUCCUUUCUUCUACAUCCACCUUUAACAAAGUCAAAGUCACACUUUAUUCACUUACUUAAUUACACAAUAUUAUAUCUACCUUUUUCGUUUAACAUUAUAAGUGUUACUCUCAUGUUAUUAAUUUUUCCUGUAAACAUCAUCUUAAUGGUCAAGUUAUUCCACUGUAUAUUUUCCUUUUAUGUAUAUAUAUAAAAUGUAAAGUUUUUUUAAAUGUCAUCAUCUUUCCUUAUAGUUUAAUAAUCCAAUUUUCUUUUGUAACGUAUCUGUGUUAUUUGCCCCAUGUCAUUAAAUAUCUUAUCUAUCAUUUUGAUGGUUGCAUAGCAUUUCACUGUACAUAUAGCAUUUCACUGUAAAUGUCAUGUCAAAGUAGGGUGCCCUAUAACGCUAGAUAAAUGUAUGGUUGGAUUAUGAGAUCCAAAGAGCAUAAUCUACUUUCAGUGAGACACCACAUCCUGAACUUCUUGAGAGAAAAUACAGUCCUAGAGAGCAAAACAAGUCUAAAUAAUUCUCUGUUUGUACAUGGGCUUUGGCUCCCAACUCCAGUGUAGAAUCCUAGUGAGCCAGGUUAGAACAUAAAAGGACCCUUUUUACUUAGGUUAGGUAGGCUUUUAGUUGCAAUGUAAACUGCUGUCUUCUGUCUCCUCCAAUGCUGUUACUCAAAAACCCCCCAAUUUAUUUUGCUGUACUCCUACUUCACUAUAUGACAUGGAAGUCUUGAGUAUAGUACAUCCAUGUUAUUAAAGUUGUGAUGGUUUCUUGAGGAACAAAAUUAAGUCAGUCGAUAUUAAUUUUACUUAUUGAUUUGUUGAUUUAUUUAAUUUAUUUAUUUGACAGAGAGAGAGAGCACAAGCAGGGGGAGCGAGAGAGGAAGAAGCCGACUCCUUCCUGAGUAGGGAGCCUGAUGCAGGACUUGAUCCCUGAGAUUGUGAUCUGAGCCAAAGGCAGAUGCUUAACCGACUAAGCCAACCAGGUGCCCCCAGCCAACUGAUCAUUAUACCGCUAUUAUAAAUGCCACCUUCCAUUAGUCUGAAGCUAAAUGCCUUUCCCUCCUUUAUGUCUAUCUCCCUCCCUGUUUGCUUGGCAUUCUCCAUCCAUAUUAUUAGAAUGUUCUUGACUUCUUUCCUAAUAACCCACCAUUUCAGGUUAACGCAAAUUAGAAAUCUUUAACUUCGCUAAUUACUUUCCAAAUGGGUUUCUUUUGUAUGGAUUUCCAGAGUUCUGGCUGAUGGUACCUGACUGAUCUGAGACCAGAGAUCCUGAGGCACAGCUCUGACCGGCAGUCAGAUGGCUUACUGUCCCAUGUAUCUUCUCUCCCCCUCUCUCUUUACUUCUCUUAGCAUUUUUCCCCUUCUCAUUCCUUUCUUUCACCUCCAGUCCUUCCCUUCACUUGUGGAGGAAUGAGGACACACGCGCUGCUUGGAUGAAUCAGAGGAAAGAUUUUUAAAUUUUUUUCUUCAUCUAUGGUAGAGAAAUAAAAUCCAUGUAGUAUGUAUGCAGAUGUGUUCAUUGAACACGGGGUCUGUGAAUUCAUUUACAGGUAGUGGGUUAAUUAUCACAGUGCUGGUAAGAUCAUUUACAGCUAUGAUCAAUUCGAUUUCUGCUCAAUAGUUUAUUUGAACAAAUGCAGUUUCUUAUAGUAAAUAGGCUUUAUGAGCUUAAUUGAUUAAAUUAUUCCGCUUACAAGCUGUGUAGGAAAAACUCUUGCUGUCUGUUUCUCCUUUACUCUCCUUUCCAUACUCACAACACUGACAGCAAAUGUCUGCAGUUUUCCCCAGCUCUAAGCCAUCCUCUGCAGUACUAGCUGGGAGUCCCACAAUUUUACUCAAUUCUGACACUAUCUGCUUGAAAAUAACCUCAGAUCCCACGGGUUAAGGGCUCAGCCCCACCAGACUGUCUGUCUCACCUCCUCCUGUAUUACAAAUGCCAACAGCAAAUCCCGGGGGGUUCUCUGUACUUCUGACUGACUGUGAGUCAAGGCUAUGAACCCUUGUUCCCACAACCCCCUCCUUGGGCUUGAUUUAUUUGCUACAAUGGCUCACAGAACUCAGGGAAACACUUACACUCACUUGUUUAUUCUGAAAGGCUAUGAUGACGGGUGCAGAUGGAGAGUUACAUUGGGCAAGGCACAUAGGAAGGGUCACAUAAGAAGGCACAUAGGAAGGGUCAUGUUUUCUCAGGGCAUGUCACUCUCCCAGCACUUUCACCUGUUCUUCAACUUGGAAGCUCCCUGUAGCUCAUACCUUUGGGAUUUUUGUGGAGAUUUCAACACGCAGGCAAUGAAUGAUCAUUAACUCAAUUUCCAGACCCUCUGCCCUUGCUUGGAGAAUAGGGGAUGGAGCUCCAAGCCUUCUAAUCGUGGCUUGGUCUUUUUCGUGACUGGUUCCCAUCCAGGAAACCAGCAAAAGUCAUUUCAUUAGAACCAAAGAUACACACCCAAGAAAUUCAAAGGUAUUUAGGAAUUCUGUGUCAGGAAGUAAGGUCAAAGACCAAAUUUGAGAUCAAAAGAUGCUUCUAAUGGCUCUGAGCCAGGAACCGGGGAUAGAAGCCAAGAUAUAAAAAUAAUAAAGAUAUAAAACAUAAUAUUUUUUAUUAUCUCACACAAGCUUUGGACUUUUCUGCCACUCUUAGUAAACAUACGAAGGAAAUCUUGUAAUUAAACUCUCAGAGUGAUAAUGAUUUUAAUAGUAAUUGAAGUACAGUUGACAGAGAAUGUUACAUUAGUUUCGGGUGUACACGUACUGACUGGACAACUCUAUACGUUAUGCUGAGCUUAUCACGAGUGUAGUUACCGCCUGUCACCAUACAACAACACCAUCACAUUACCAUGGACUAUAAUUCCCCAUGCUGGAACUUCUAGUGACUUAAUUUUAAAAGACCUCUGCUUCGCCUCCCUCUCUGUUUGUAUUACCUUUGUGGUCACCAGGGUAUAAAUAACUUCUAAAUUUCUUUUUCUUAACUCGUUAAAAAGGACAUUUUCAACAUAAUAAUUUAUGUCUCCAAAGCCUCUUGUUGCCUACAAUUACAAUUCUAUAAUAAAAACCUGUUGAAUAAGUAA